AAAAAACUGGUAAAAGGUUAGCCAGCUAAAUACAGCUAAUUUAUUCAUUGAUUCGCGUCUCUCAAGAGGAGCGGAACUCUUCAAGCCCCUGAGGACUGUGGGUACUGAGGGCAGCAGCCAUGUCCGGCUCCUACGAUGACUCCAUGGUCGACGUCUCCAGUGACAGCUUCUGGGAGGUGGGGAACUACAAGCGAACAGUGAGGCGGGUGGACGAUGGCAGUCGCCUGUGUAACGACCUGAUGAACUGUCUCCAUGAGCGUGCGCGCAUCGAGAAGUCCUACGCACAGCAGCUCACAGAGUGGUCCAAACGCUGGAGACAGCUUAUAGAGAAAGGACCUCAGUACGGGACCCUGGAGCGGGCGUGGGGUGCCCUGUGCACGGAGGCGGAGAAGGUGAGCGAGCUCCACAUGGAGGUGAAGGCGGCGCUGAUGGGGGAGGACUUUGAGAAGCUCAAGGUGUGGCAGAGYGACUACUACCACAAACAGAUGAUCGGAGGCUUCAAGGAGACCAAGGAGGCUGACGACGGCUUCCGCAAGGCCCAGAAACCCUGGGCCAAGAAACUGAAAGAGAUGGAGACGAUGAAGAAGGCGUACCACGGGGCCUGUAAGGAAGAGAAGCUGGCCACCAGCCGGGAGAACAACAGCAAGCUGGAGAACAACAGCAACUCUGAGGCCCAGAAGAAAAUGCAGGACAAGGUGGAGAAGUGCCAGCAGGAGAUGGAGAAGACUAAGGAGCGCUAUGAGAAGUCUCUGGAGGAGCUGGACAAGGUGACWCCCCAGUACAUGGAGAACAUGGAGCAGGUGUUUGAACAAUGGCAGCAGUUUGAGGACAAACGCAUCACCUUCUUCAAAGCACUUCUGCUGGAAGUCAAGCAUCACCUCGACCUCUCCACUAAUCACAAAUUCCAGACAGUCUACCACACGUUGGAGGACACUAUCUCUGCUGCUGAUGCUGAGGAGGACCUCAAGUGGUUCCGCUCCAACCACGGUCCUGGCAUGCCCAUGAACUGGCCCCAGUUUGAGAAUGUGGACUGGUCCCGCUCCUCUAGGUCCAGAAGGUCCAUUGUAGACUGGUCCAUAGAUUUGAACCGUACACUGAGUCGGCGAGAGACUAAGAAGAAGCCCUCCGAGGGAGUCACCCUGACGGGCAUCAGCCAAAUGGAAGAGCAGCAGGCAGCCAAGAGCAGCAGCAGCCUGACUGUGCCCACUAGCACAGAGCCGGUGGGUUCGAACCCCUUCGAGGAUGACGACGACGAGGAUCUCCAGGGGACCGUGAAGGAACAGCCCACUGUCGUCAACAACAACAGCAGUCCGCUCAAUGUCAAAAAAGUGGAGGAAGUGAAAACCGCCAGCAGUGUGGAGAAGUCGCAAGAGUGGUCGGAUGAGGAGACUGGGGUGAACCCGUUUUCCAUUGAGGACGCCAACGGCGAUGGGAACCCGUUUGAGGUGGAGCCGGCGUUCUCGGGGGUGUCUGUGGCCGUGCGUGCCCUCUACGACUACGAAGGACAGGAGCAGGAUGAACUCAGCUUCAAAGCAGGCGAGGAGUUCACCAAGAUAGGAAACGAGGACGACCAGGGCUGGUGCAGAGGGCGCCUGAAAGACGGCGUGGUGGGCCUCUACCCCGCCAACUACGUAGAAGACAUCCAGUAAUGACAGAGCGAGGGACGAGGAGGAAAACGAGAGAGGAUGGGGUGAAGAGGAGAAAGAAAGUGGAGGAGAUGGGUGGGCAGGGCAGGCCUCGCAUUCGCCCCUCUCACCCUACGUGGUAGAGGCUGGCUGCAGUGUGUGUGUGUGUGUGUGUGUGUGUG